GAGGACACGGAAACUUUGCUCGCAUUGGUCUGUAGCCUCCUGACCGUUCCAGUGCCAGAAAUGGAUGUUCUUCUCGACGCACUCUUGUCGCGCGAUGGAGAUGUUCAUGCCACUGCCAAACUACUUAAUUCUGGCGACAAGACAGGAUCUAAGCCAGCGAGCAGCGCCUCAAAAAGAAAGCAUCGUUUUUUGGAUCUGCACGGCUGGUUACAUACAGUCAAAGCAUCCACGGUCUCUGACAGUCCGCCUCGAAAGAAACGA